ACUCGUCUCAGCGUCAUGUUGUAACAUAAUCUUUGAGACUCCCUUGUCUUCUCAUAGCAGCAUGCUAGGCAGAAUCUGCAGCGCAAAAUGAACCAGAAAAUAAAUACCUCGCGGUUCUACUUCGAGUUCAAAGGCCAUGCCAUUCCUGAUGUUUCGGCAUUCCGUUCAACUACGCUGUCACUAAGGCCAAGCAAACCUAUCGUAUAUCUGGCCGGUGACUCUUCUCUCGAUAACAAAUAUUGGGUGCCAUCAAGUAGCCCUAGGAGUAUACCUCUGCUUGUGGAUGUACCUGAAAUAUAUCGCUCUACCCUUGAUCGACCUCAUCCAAAGCCUGAUGUUGCCUUCUGGCUAAAUCACUUGCUAGGCGACCGUGCCACUGCGCUCAACUUGGCUGUCGAGGCGUCUACGUUGCGGGAACGGGACAAUUGCCUCCUGGAUCAUGACCAGUUCAUCAGAGACAAUAUCCGCGCUAACGAUAUCCUCAUUGUCUCUGUCGGAUCCAAUGACAUUGCGAUGAAGCCGACAUUUUCAACCAUACGCCACAUGCUACAGCUUGCCUGGUUGACUCCCCGCAGUUCUCUCCAGAAAGGAACGGCGUGGUGUCUCGGCCACUUUGUGAGGAUGUUUAAAUCUGAAGUUGAAUCGUAUGUUUCCAGGCUAGUUGAGAAGAACAAACCUCGAGUUGUUAUUGUCUGCAUGAUAUAUUACCCCCUCGAAGCGAAUGCAUCUAAACAGGAGAGCUGGGCAGACCUGCCACUAAAGUUGAUGGGAUAUAACCGAUUUCCUGGCCAACUACAGACUGCUAUCAGGAUAAUGUACGAGCUCGCAACAAAGCAGAUCCAGAUUCCGGGAGUGCUCGUGGUUCCGUGUGCUCUUUUUGAGUCUCUGGAUGGGAAAUGCGAAGCUGAUUACGUGGCUAGAGUAGAACCAAGUGCAGAAGGAGGACGUAAGAUGGCAUUACAGUUGAGCGAGGUCAUAGACUCGUUCAUCACAGCGCAGACAGACAUCUGAGAUACAUUGCUUUGUACUAAUUACGAUAACCUUGUGGAAUAAGGGCAAUGUAGACGGAGGCCGAAGAAAUAGACCAUAACCUUAAUUUACUCUAUAUGUACAACUUAG